AUUGCUCCCGCCCCCGGCUCUGGGUGCAGCGCGCGAUUGGCUGGCGCUGGAGCGGGCUGCUCCUGGGGCCGGGCCUGGGCGGUGCGGACUAGGCCUCUGGCGGCGGCGGCGGCGGCGGCGGCGGCGCGAGGCAGCAUGACCUGAGACCUCGAGCAUGGACUUCUCCCGGCUGCACACGUACACGCCGCCGCAGUGUGUGCCUGAGAACACCGGCUACACGUAUGCACUCAGUUCGAGCUACUCCUCGGACGCUCUGGACUUCGAGACGCAGCACAGACUGGACCCCGUGUUCGACUCGCCCAGAAUGUCCCGCCGCAGUUUGCGCCUGGCCGCCACCGCGCGCGGGACAGAGGGCGGCCAGGCAGGGCACGCAGACGCCCGCCCCGGCAGCACGGCCUCCCUGCGGGACAGAGCGGCCAGGACAGCCAAGCAGCACAGAGGCGCGAGCAGGCUGGCGUUCAGCGUGAGCCACGCCGCCAGGCAGGCCACGGCCGGCCCGAGCAGCGGGCUGCAGGGCUCGGCCAGCCUCCGGCCGCCCGUGCUGGACGAGUCUCUGAUCCGAGAGCAGACCCAAGUGGACCACUUCUGGGGUCUGGACGAUGACGGAGACCUUAAAGGCGGAGCGAGAGCCCUCGCGCAGGGGAACGGGGACACGGACGCCGGCGCGGCCCGCAGCAACGGCUACACCUGCAGGGCCUGCAGCCAGCUGUCCGCGCGCCAGGACGCGUCCGCACACGCCUCCACCCACGGCCUCACCUCCCGGGUGUACUCGCGGGACCACACGCAGAAACGCGGCGUGUCCUACGUGGACAGGAUUCUGUGGCUGGCCACGUACACUUCGUCAUCUUUCUCGUCAGCCUUAGUCCAACUCUUUCGAGUGGUUUUAAUGAAGCUCAAUUACGAAUCAGAAAAUUACAAAUUGAAAAGCUAUGAAUCAAAAGAUGAAUCAGAAAGCUAUAAAUCAAAAAGCCAUGAAUCACAAGCUUGCUCGGGGCACAGCAGGGAGCUGACGGUGACGGAGUCUGCCAGCGAGGACGGCCGCCUCCAAGUGAACGGGGACUCGCUGUGCCACGGCUGGGAGGGGACGGAGCGCCUGGAGACCCACCUGGCCACCCGCUCGCAGCCCCCCGGGACGGCAGGGGUGGCAGGGACCGCACGGCACGCCUCCGCCCGCACAGGGCACGCCGCGACGCGGAUGCUGCGGAGGACCGGAGCUGCGGGGCGGGCCGCGGUGCAGGCGGUGCUGGCGGUGCUGUGGUCGGCGGCGACGGCCCCAGGGAAGGUGGCCGCUGGGAUGCUCUGGUGGCUGGGCAGCGGGUGGUACCAGCUGGUCACCCUGAUGUCCUGGCUCAACGUGCUUCUUCUCACCAGGUGCCUUCGCAGCUCCUGCCGGUUCCUGGUCGUGCUCAUUCCGCUCUUACUUCUGCUCGGUGCAGGCCUGUCCUCCUGGGGCCAGGGAGGCCUCCUCUCCCUCCUGCCCGCCCUCAACUGGACACGCACGCCCGGAGCGCCGCUGGGGGCUGAGGAGCCACAGGGCGUGAUCUCGCCGGGGGCCGCUCCCCUGCCCCCGCCUCCCGAGGGUGUGGCCGAGGCCUCUCCCUGGCCCUGGAUGAGGGAGGUGGAGCGGCAGGUGGCCUCCCUGGCGGGACGGUGCCAGAGCCGCGACGAGAGGCUGCGAGAGCUGGCGGCAUCGCUGCAGCAGCUGCAAGCGCGCGUGGACCGGCUGGACGACGGUGGAGCCGGGGUGUCGUCCCUGGUGAGGAGUGUGGUGGGGCAGCACCUGAAGGACCUCAGUGCCAGCGGGCUGCUGGGCGCUCAGACUGACCCCGCGGCCCUCCGCCACGAGCACGAGCUGCGCCUCUCGACCCUGGAGGACGCCCUCGGGAAGCUGACGGGGAAGUCGGAGGCCGUCCAGAGGGAGCUGGAGCAGACCAAGCUGAGGACAGUGAGUGCGGCCGAGCAGCAGCAGCACCUGCAGUCCGCAGUGGCGCAGCUGGAGCGCGAGCUGGGGCGCCUGCAGGCGGAGCUGGCGGCCUGGCAGCCGCUGAAGGCCGGCUGCGAGGAGGCCCACGGCGUGCGCGAGAAGGUCGACAGGCAGGUCAGAGAGACGGUCAGCCUGCUGCUCUCGGACGACCAGCAGGGCGGCGCCCUGGACCAGCUGCUGCAGAGGCUGUCCGCUCGGUUCGUCAGCGCGGACGGCCUGCAGGCGGCGCUGCGGGAGCUGGAGCUGCGCAUCCUGCGGAACGUCACCCACCACGUGUCCGUGACCGGGCGGGCGCCGACCUCGGAGGCCGUCUUGUCCGCGGUGCACCAGCAGGGGGCGGUGGGCAUCACAGAAGCGCAAGCGCGCAUCAUUGUGGACAACGCGCUGAAGCUGUACUCCCAGGACAAGACCGGCAUGGUGGACUUCGCCCUGGAGUCCGGCGGCGGAAGCAUCCUGAGCACGCGCUGCUCGGAGACCUACGAGACCAAGACGGCGCUCAUCAGCCUGUUCGGCGUCCCGCUGUGGUACUUCUCCCAGUCGCCCCGCGUCGUCAUCCAGCCGGACAUGUACCCAGGCAACUGCUGGGCGUUCAGAGGCUCCCAGGGCUACCUGGUGGUGAGGCUGUCCAUGGAGGUCCGCCCGACCAGCUUCGCGCUGGAGCACAUCCCCAAGACGCUGUCGCCCACGGGCAACAUCACCAGCGCCCCCAGGGACUUCUCCGUCUACGGCCUAGAAAACGAGCAUCAAGAAGAAGGGCAGCUGCUGGGACAGUUUGUGUACGACCAGGACGGCGAGUCGCUCCAGACGUUCCCCGUCCUGAGAAGACCGGAGAGAGGUUUCCAAAUCGUGGAGCUCCGGGUCUCCUCCAACUGGGGCCACCCGGAGUACACGUGUCUCUACCGGUUCCGCGUCCACGGAGAGCCCGUGCAGUAGAGACGCCGGUGGCCGCCGCUGUACAUUUUGUAUAUACUGGGACAGCCCGAGACCAACACGGGCCCGUCACGGCGAGGAUGUGGGGACAGCAGGGUGACGGUGCCAGCCGCCAGCAGGGGAACAGGGGCGGCCGACCCCGUGACGCUGCUCGAGGUUCUGCCCACGGACUGUGUGUGUCGAGUGCUUGGGCGCAGACACCCGUUGGCGACAGGCAGUCUCGGGAAUUCAUUUGAAUGUAUGGUUCACAGACACACACUUUGGGGGUUUGUUUUUAAACACAAAGCUGUUCACACUCGUAUUUUCCUGACAUCAGGAACAAAGCAGAUGAGGUUAAAAGGUUUGGCGUGUUCUUGCAGCUUCUACACUUAGCCGUUCACUGGCCCUUUGAAAGGACUUCGGGAGCAGAUGGACUUGACCUUCCCAGUCCAGCACACAUUUCUUUCAGGGAAAACCAGCGUCAACAAGUUCCAGUUCCCCACUCCCUUCCUGCAGGGUGGGGUUUGUCCUUCACUCCACGCGGACAGUCCCUUCACGUCACCAGGUGGGGACGGACGGAAAUGUGCUCUCCUGCUUUGUCUGCUCUCCUGAGUGAGAGCUUCACAGCCAGACCCCCGUGCUGACCCCCGCUAACCGGGGUGGGGCACCUCCCUUUGCUGGGACUCGGGCUGGGGGGCUGCAGUCUGGACGCAGACAUGUAGCCCUCCGCUGUCCCCGAUGGUCCUGUGGGGUCCCUGGGCGUUUUCACGUCACCAUAUGAACAGGAACAAGGAAUCUGGUCUUAGGGGUCUCUUUGGGUUUUCUUGUGGAUGUUGCUGAAGAGCAAACACUAACGUUCUCCAGAUCAGAGGGCUGUUUUUACGUGGAUGGUGUCCGAGGAGAAGGUCCCGCGCGGCAAACUCCCACCACUACUCCGCCGGGUGGCGCUGCCCCGCGCGUCCUCCACGCGCUCCUGCCGGGGUUCGCCUUUUCUCCCGACUGCUGGCUGUCCUCCCUUGGUUCCUGUGACACGCGCUUUGGUUGUAAUUAAUAUUUAAUACUGAGAAACUUACCUGAGCAGAUUUUAUAAAUGAGAUGUCCACAAGGCACUUGAGGCGUUACAGAUGCUUUACUGGGUUAAGCAGUUUCAUGGUAUUUUCAGACAAAGAUGAACUGAGGGUGCUGGCUGGUUUCUGGAGUUUCAUGUAUAUUGCACAACAGCCCCGAAACACACGCAGCCUGCACGGCUGCUCUUGUCACUCGGAAUUGGAACCAACGCCUAUGCAGUGGAGUUGAACAAAACACACACAGAUGUUUCCUAUAUUACAGGAUAAAUAUAUGUCAGAAUUUCCUAUAUAAAACUAACUUGGGAGUUGGGGUGGAAAUAUUUUGAAUAUUAAUUUAUUUUUAAAGAUGCGAGAUAGGACUUUGUGCAGUGUAUUUUUGUAAAUGCUUUUCCAAAUAUCUGUCUCUGGUAGUGCUCUUGUUGCUGCCACCAAACUAAGAUGCUAUUGAAAUGUUUAAAUAAAGAGUUUUAAUUUUAAAAAGUGCACGGGGAUACUUCCAGUGAAUAAUAAAACAGCCUGUUUCCAGUC